AUGGACACAUCACAGAAAGUGCUGCAUGCUGUCGGAGGCGUUGUUGUAGCUGUCGUGUCAGUCGUCGCUGUCAGGAAACUAUUUCACAAAGAGAGGAGUAAAGAGUAUCCCCGAGAUACGGUGAUCCUUCAUCAGAUCGGUAGAGGUCCUUACGCCCCCAGCAUGACACCGUUUGCUGUGAAGCUGGAAACCUAUCUCCGGAUGGCCAGGAUACCCUACCAGAACGUCCAUGGAAUGCAACCUUCACCUAAGGGCAAGGUCCCCUGGAUUGAGUACAAUGGCCAACCUAUUGGGGACACCACGCUGUGUAUACAUUUCCUCAAUCAGAAGCUUGGGGUGGACCUCAACAAGCCCCUGAGUCCAGCUGACAAGGGUAUAGCGCAAGCGAUGCAGGUCAUGACGGAGGAACAUCUGCUGCUUGCCCAAAUCUGCUGGUUGUACAGCAGAGACGCAUCGUUUAUUUUGGAAACGUUUAAAUUCUCCAAGUUCUUUCUAUGGAUGAUACGACGACAUAUCAGAAAACAAACAUGGAGUCAGGGAUAGGGUCGCCACACGGAGGAAGAGGUCGUCGAAAUGAUGUAUAAGGACUUCCAAUCUAUCUCCGACUUUAUAGGGAGGAAGAAGUUCCUGAUGGGAGAUGAUCCCUGUGAAGCGGAUUGCUCUCUGUUCGGUAUGCUGUCUCAGGCAUAUUGGCAGUUUAAUGGAUCUGGAUUUGAGAGUCUCAUAAAAGAUAAUUAUCCCAACCCCGCCUACUGUGAACGUAUGAAGGAAGCAUUCUGGCCGGACUGGGACCAGUGCAUCACGCACGGUGGAACAAGGGAGGCAAGCAAGUGAGGGGAGAUAACUCAGGGACUGCCCCUCCAUUAACCCUUAAAACAUGAUAUAUAAUAAUUGUUUGACCGAAUAAAGAGUUGAAUUAUAUAUUUUCAUAUAAUUUGUGUUUGAGUGUAAGAGAAUCAGUGAAUAUAAUCUUUCGGCUCUUGCCGCUUAAUUUCAGCAGUAUAUCGACGGGGGACUUCAGGAACGGAAAAUGUAUGAAAGAACGUGGACUAGUGUAGCUAAGUGGUUAUAUCACUAAGUCUUGUUGAAGACCCGGGUUCGAUUUCCAACAUGGAUGAUAAUACGAUGCGCCAACAACGUCGCUGAAAUAAUGCUCAAACCCCUCUCACAUAGAUAUUUGAUUGUUGAUGAUAUAUUCACUGGCAUGUGAGAAGAAGUAUAAUGAAUUCUGCUUGUUUUUAUCAAGAAUAAACGUUACUGUUUAUAUCUAAUUACUGAUGUACAUUAUAUUCGGUAAUCUUAAGAGCGUAAGAACUUUAAAUAACUGUUACUCAUAUUAACUGGUUCUAAUAACAUAUGCUUCAAUUACGUAUUUCUGUGUUCGAGUGGGUGAGUUUAGUUUUACGCCGCACUCAGCAAUAUUCCAGCUGUAUGGCGGCGGUCUGUAAGUUAUCGGGUGCGGACCAGACCAUCCAGGCAUCUGGACCCCAUAACUCUGUGGGGUUCGCUUAGCGAGGAGCGAGAGUCGAUUUAACGUUGCAUUAAUUCAUUCGAAGUUUUCAAUAGUGUAAUUCAAAUACGUAAUUUGUUUUUGGGAUAAGUUUCCUAUCUGACCUUGUCCAAGGAACCUUAGAUCAUCAACACAACAUAUGUCAAAGUCAGCUGUUGGUCGGACAAAGACAUUCGGAGACAGGUCUUUUCAAUCUGGGGGUCCAUCUUUAUGGAACAAGCUACCACUGUCUACGAUCAGAAGAGCAACUGAGUACUUUCAAAUCAAAAUUAAAGACUCAUUUAUUCUCGGCAGCCUACGACACCCACCAGUGCUUUUGAGCAACCUUCCGAGGGAUGGAUAUUAGCGCUAUACAAAUGCAUAUACAUUGAUUUCUGUAUAUUUAGAUAAAUGUGGUGUGACAUUGUGCCUUUAAAGUAUAGGUGAUACGAUAGUCGUAGCGUUGUGAUUGCUUUGUGAAACGCGGCCUUGGUCCACACUCGCCUGUGACAGAGAUGGGAGACUGAAGAAACACCCGCUUAGGACACCAUUCAUUUAUUGUUUCCAUGGCUGCAGCUAUCAGCUUUCACAGUAUGUCAUCAAAUUAUACAUAACAUAUCUAACUGGUCAUAUGCUGACAUGUCAAGCGAGCAUAUGGAGAAACACAUUUUCACUAAAACCUGUCUUUGUACCAUGUACAAAUUUCUAUUUUGUUUCAAAUAAAAUAUUUUAAUAUAA